AUAUAUAAACAUAGAGAGACGCACGUUUAAGCUCUCUUUUCUCUCUCUCGUAACUUUGUCAGUUCAUUGCCAUUUCCGAUCUCUCUUGUUUCUCUCUCUGCUUUCCUCACAAACACCAGGUGGAGAGAGAGAGAGAGAUUGAGAGUCGGAGAAAAGCUCGGAGACCUGCUAUAAAGCGAAAGACUCUAUCUAUCUCCUCUCUCCUUUUAUCUCUCUUCCUCAGUUCUCUUUCUCUCUCUAAACAUCGUCUAAAGAAGCGAAAAACUCUCUCGCUUCAUAAAUUUGUCACCAUGAUCUCCCUCAGCAGAACAUGCUUUUUGAACAACGCGGGGGUUUCGGAGUUGUACAGCCCGGCGAAUUCAACGAGGCAGAGAAGAUACGCGGCUUCGCUGAAAGUGGUGGCGUCGGCGGGUGAGCGAAACGGCACCGUUGUGAUGGAAGGGGCGUUGAAGGAGAGCAAGGAUGUUUCGUCGGUGGUUGAGGUGGACAACAAAUCCACCGUUGGUGGUGGGGUCCAGGAUGUGUACGGCGAAGAUAGCGCCACCGAGGACCAAUUCGUCACCCCCUGGAGCAUUUCUGUUGCUAGUGGAUAUACUUUGUUGCGGGAUCCACAUCACAACAAAGGGCUUGCCUUCAAGGAUAAAGAGAGAGAUGCCCACUACUUGCGUGGUCUUCUACCCCCGACGGUUGUUUCACAAGAACUUCAGGUGAAGAAAAUGAUGCACAACAUUCGUCAAUAUCAAUUGCCACUGCAGAAGUACAUGGCCAUGAUGGAUCUUCAGGAGAGAAAUCAAAAGUUGUUUUACAAACUUCUAAUUGACCAUGUUGAGGAGUUACUCCCAAUUGUCUAUACUCCAACUGUUGGUGAAGCUUGCCAGAAAUAUGGGAGCAUUUUUAUGCGCCCUCAGGGUCUUUAUAUUAGUUUGAGAGAGAAGGGGAAGAUUCUUGAGGUACUGAGGAACUGGCCUGAGAAGAAUAUACAAGUCAUUGUUGUAACUGACGGGGAGCGCAUUCUGGGGCUUGGUGAUCUUGGCUGUCAGGGAAUGGGGAUCCCUGUGGGGAAGCUUUCCUUGUAUACAGCACUUGGAGGUGUCCGGCCUUCAGCGUGCUUGCCUGUAACCAUUGAUGUUGGUACAAACAAUGAGAAGCUGUUGAACGAUGAGUUCUACAUAGGACUAAGGCAGAGGAGAGCAACUGGGCAGGAAUAUGCCGAGCUUUUACAUGAAUUUAUGACAGCUGUUAAGCAGAACUACGGGGAGAAAAUUCUCGUUCAGUUUGAAGACUUCGCCAAUCACAAUGCUUUUGAUCUGCUUGCCAAAUAUGGCACAUCUCACCUUGUAUUUAAUGAUGACAUUCAGGGGACAGCAUCUGUGGUCCUUGCAGGUCUUGUCGCAUCAUUGAAGUUAGUUGGAGGAACCUUAUCCGACCACAGGUUUUUAUUUCUUGGUGCUGGAGAGGCAGGCACUGGCAUAGCAGAACUUAUAGCCCUUGAGAUUGCAAAAAAGACAAAUACCCCACUGGAAGAGGCGCGUAAGAAGAUUUGGCUUGUAGACUCGAAGGGAUUGAUUGUCAGUUCUCGUCUGGAAUCACUUCAACAUUUCAAGAAGCCAUGGGCUCAUGAGCACGAACCGAUUAAGGGACUUGUAGAUGCAAUCAAUGCAAUCAAGCCAACAGUGUUAAUCGGGACAUCUGGAGUAGGAAGACAAUUUAACAAGGAAGUGAUUGAGGCUAUGUCCACCAUAAAUGAGAAACCCAUUAUCCUAGCUCUUUCCAACCCAACUUCACAGUCUGAAUGCACUGCUGAAGAAGCAUAUACUUGGAGUCAGGGUCGUGCUAUUUUUGCCAGUGGAAGCCCAUUUCCACCUGUUGAAUACGAGGGAAAGGUUUUCGUGCCUGGCCAGGCAAACAAUGCCUACAUUUUUCCUGGAUUUGGACUGGGUUUAUUAAUGUCCGGUACCAUCCGUGUCCACGACGAGAUGCUUCUGGCAGCUUCCGAAGCGUUGGCAGCGCAGGUAUCGCAGGAAAACUUUGACAAGGGACUGAUAUACCCUCCGUUUGCUAACAUCAGAAAGAUCUCAGCCCACAUUGCUGCUAAUGUAGCUGCUAAAGCAUAUGAACUUGGUUUGGCCACUCGCCUUCCCCAGCCCAAAGAUCUGGUGAAGUACGCAGAGAGCUGUAUGUACAGCCCUUCCUAUAGAAGUUACCGGUGAACGAUUUCACAUUUGUUGUAUUGGGUUUUUACUAUGAUCAAAGUCAUUUGUUGUCAGUGAUUUUUUCCUUCUUUUUUUAAUGGUUUAAUUGUUUUUCUUCUUUUGUUCAUUUCUAUUUUCUUUUAUUUAUCAUGGUGAAUACUAUAGUUUGGAUUAGAGGUUAAGUACUAUAAUGUUAUGAAAGUGCUAUAAAUUUACAUGAAAUGAAAUGUAACCCUUUCAAAAUAAAA